CUUAGGUGCGGUCGUGCGUGUGUAUGUGUUCGGUCUGGAAAAAAAAAAUAAAACGUUAGGUAUACAACGAAAAACUUAAGCCGGCUCUGAUGCCAACCGCAGAGUCGUGAAAACCAUUUGUUCGUGUUGUCGCGAUUGUCUCGAUGCGUCUUUGCAGCAGCAGCCCGCACGGCCGCAACACUGCGACAACGGAACGCGCCGACCUGCUGCUGCCGCGCCGACUAGGAAGUCGGAACUGCAAGUGACGCACCACACUCGUUCGACGACGGCAAUUCAUCAUUGUGAACGCACUGUAAUAUCCAUGCGAUGACGUACACAGCCGAUACCGACGUAGCGGCCGCAGCCGCGGUAAACCUGCUCCGCGACAAUAUCCGGUGGGCCGGCACGACGGGCGCCAGCGUCGAUGGCCCGUGGUACUAUCCACCGAUCGCGCUCGACGAAGACGGCCGGCUGUGGGGCAGCUGCGCCGACCACAUGAAACGGGUGCUGGAGAACCGUAUGGCCGUUCGACAUUACUACCGGUCACUGCAGCCGGAUGCGCCCGCGCCGCCUCUGCUGAGCCGCACCGGCCACGUGGCCAUCAUCGAGGCGUUCGCGGCCGACCUGCUGACGUACUACCGGCCGUUGCUGGCCGCCAUCGACCCGUUGCGCAGUGACCUGGGUGCCCAGACCGUCGUCUUGCUGGCCGAGGCCAACGUCCUUUACAACAUCGUGUUGGCUAUGCGCCCGUGACCCGACCCGGCCGCCCGACAUACGCUAGUUCGGUCGGCGAAAACGAAGACCGGUUGAUUCGUCGCAGACCGCGUGCCGCGGGAAACCCGUCUUUACAUCUCACUCAAUGUCUCCUGUCAUUUAAUCAUUAUAUUUUGUUAUAAUCAAUAAAAAUUCAAAAACUCGUGACGCUAAA